AUGACCGCUCUCGUCACCGGCGGCACUCGCGGCAUCGGGGUUUCAAUUCUCUUCUUCGUCUCCGCUCUCGUUCUGAUCGGCGCUGUUUCGGCGGCUGAGGAGGCCGAGUCCAAGGAGUUCGUGCUCACGCUCGACCACACCAAUUUCACUGACACUGUCGCCAAGCACGAUUUCAUCGUCGUCGAGUUCUACGCUCCAUGGUACAAUAAACGAUUUCGGAUUCGGCUCUUGUUUUACUGA